AUGUUGCAGAAUAUUCAGUCUCUCUUUGUAAGGAAAGACUUGCAUCUUUCCUUCACUGCUUUCAUGUUUCUAGAUGCACAUUCUGCAAUAGAAGGGGAGGGCGAGGGUGGCGAAACGCAGCCGGACCCGGGGCCGCCCUGCCCUGCCCUGCCGGGAGCCGGCCGCCCGCUGGAAGCGCCGCUCUCCUCAGGGCUCGGAGAGGCGUCUGCCUGCGGCGGGGAGAGCCGCGACGGGGCUUGGGCUGUUAACAAGCAUAAGCCAUGGAUUGAAACAACCUAUCAUGGUAUAGUUACAGAAAAUGACAACACGGUGCUCUUGGACCCCCCGUUAAUAGCCCUGGACAAAGAUGCGCCUCUGCGUUUUGCAGAGAGUUUUGAGGUGACAGUCACCAAAGAAGGUGAGAUUUGUGGAUUUAAAAUUCACGGGCAAAAUGUUCCCUUUGAAGCAGUGGUAGUGGAUAAAUCCACUGGUGAGGGGAUAAUACGCUCUAAAGAAAAGCUUGACUGUGAACUACAGAAGGACUACACAUUCACCAUACAGGCCUAUGACUGUGGGAAGGGGCCAGAUGGAGCAAAUGCAAAAAAAUCCCACAAAGCAACAGUACAUAUUCAGGUGAACGAUGUUAAUGAGUAUGCUCCUGUCUUCAAAGAGAAGUCAUACAAGGCAACGGCUAUUGAAGGGAAGAGGUACGACAAUAUCCUGAAAGUGGAAGCCGUGGAUGCAGACUGUUCACCUCAAUUCAGCCAGAUUUGCAAUUAUGAAAUUGUAACUCCGGAUGUACCUUUUGCUAUUGACAAAGAUGGUUAUAUAAAAAACACAGAAAAGUUAAACUAUGGUAAAGAACAUCAGUAUAAACUGACAGUAACAGCGUAUGACUGUGGGAAGAAGAGAGCUGCUGAGGAUGUGUUGGUUAAAAUUAGCAUUAAGCCUACAUGCAAGCCUGGCUGGCAAGGCUGGAGCAAAAGAAUAGAAUAUGAGCCUGGUACUGGUUCGUUAGCUCUCUUCCCCAGUAUGCGUUUGGAGACAUGCGAUGAGCCAAUAACCUCAAUUCAAGCAACGGUUGAACUAGAAACCAACCAUAUUGGUAAAGGCUGUGAUAGAGACACCUACUCUGAGAAAUCCAUUCACAGACUCUGUGGUGCUUCUUCUGGUACAGCUGAACUUCUUCCCCCUCCAAGUAGUGCUGCUAACUGGACAACAGGACUUCCUACCGAUAAUGGUCAUGACAGUGACCAAGUCUUUGAAUUUAAUGGCACGCAAGCUGUGAAGAUUCCAGAUGGCGUUGUCACAGUCAAUCUAAAAGAGCCCUUCAUGAUUUCAGUAUGGAUGAGGCAUGGGCCUGGAACCAAAGAGAAAGAGACAAUUCUGUGCAAUUCAGACAAGACAGAUAUGAACCGGCACCACUACACACUCUAUGUACACAACUGCCGACUUGUUUUCCUCUUCCGCCAAGAUCCUUCAGAGGGGAAAACCUACAAACCUGCUGAAUUUCACUGGAAACUCAAUCAGGUGUGUGACAAAGAGUGGCAUCAUUAUGUCCUCAAUGUUGAAUUUCCUGCGGUAACUCUUUAUGUGGACGGUGUUUCAUAUGAUCCUUUCCCAGUGACGGAAGAUUACCCACUUCAUCCUUCAAAGAUAGAAACACAGCUAGUAGUUGGAGCAUGUUGGCAAGAAUAUACAGGAAAUGAAAAUGACAAUGAAACUGUGCCUGAGACCUCUGCAGGUGGUGAACUCCACAUGGCUCAGUUUUUCCGAGGCAAUCUGGCAGGUUUGAUGAUUCGUUCUGGGAAACUGGAAAACAAGAAGGUGAUAGAUUGCCUAUAUACUUGCAAAGAGGGACUGGAUUUGCAAGUGGCUGAUGGUGUUGGCAAAGGCGUGAAGAUCCACAUGAACCCAAGUCAGUCAACCCUGACCUUAGAAGGGGACGAUAUUGACCGAGUUGAUAAGGCCAUGCAACACAUUUCCUAUCUGAAUUCCCGCCAGUUCCCAACACCUGGGAUUCGGAGGCUUAAAAUCACCAGUGUUGUCAAAUGUUUCAAUGAAGAGGCCUGUGUCUCCAUUCCUUCUGUGGAGGGAUAUGUAAUGGUCUUGCAACCAGAGGAACCAAAAAUCAGCCUUAGUGGCAUCAACCAUUUUGCCCGCUCUGCUUCAGAGUUUGAGAGCUCCGAGGGUGUUUCCCUCUUUCCUGAGCUUCGCAUAAUAAGCACCAUUACCCGGGAGGUGGAGCCAGAGGGAGAUGGAGAUGAAGAUCCGACAGUACAAGAGUCUUUGGUAUCUGAAGAGAUCAUGCACAACCUGGAUACGUGUGAGGUGACAGUGCUAGGAGAGGAACUAAACCAGGAACAAGAAAGCCUGGAGAUCGACAUGACACGAUUACAGCAGAAAGGCAUUGAGAUGAGUAGUUCCAACCUGGGCAUGAUAAUCACAGGGGUUGAUACGAUGGCUAGUUACGAAGAAGUUUUGCAUUUGAUACGUUACAGAAACUGGCACACCGUUUCUCUCUUUGACAGAAAGUUCAAAUUAGUCUGUUCUGAGCUUAACGGGCGCUAUGUCAGCAAUGAGUUUAAAGUGGAGGUGAAUGUUAUCCACACAGCUAACCCAGUCGAACAUGCUAAUCACAUAGCCGCACAACCACAGUUUGUUCAUCCAGUGCAUCAUACAUUUGUUGAUCUCUCUGGUCACAACUUAGCUAACCCUCACCCAUUUUCAGUUGUUCCCAGUACAGCCACUGUCGUGAUCGUAGUUUGUGUCAGUUUCCUGGUUUUUAUGAUUAUCCUGGGAGUGUUCCGAAUCCGAGCUGCACAUCAGAGAACGAUGCGUGACCAGGACACUGGGAAGGAAAAUGAGAUGGACUGGGAUGACUCUGCUUUGACCAUCACUGUGAACCCCAUGGAGACUUAUGAGGAUCAACACAGCAGUGAAGAGGAAGAGGAGGAGGAGGAAGAAGAAAGCGAAGACGGGGAAGAAGAUGACAUCACUAGCGCGGAGUCUGAAAGCAGUGAGGAGGAGGAGGGGGAGCAGGAGGAGGACCAACAGAAUGUCAACAGACAGCAGCAGCUGGAAUGGGAUGACUCUACCCUCAGCUAUUGAUUCUAGCUGUCCCCUUUGUCUCUCUGUUUCCGCCCUAGAGGACUCCACUGUAGCACACUCCGUUGUUACCGAGGAUUCAUGGUGGUUAA